AUGCCUGGCUUCGACUUCUCCAACUACAACCGCAAUGCGGCCCUCCAUGCUAGAGGCGUUCCGCUCCCCAAGGCGACGAGCACAGGUACCACCAUCGUAGGAUGCAUAUUUGACGGCGGUGUAGUGAUCGCCGCCGAUACAAGAGCCACUUCGGGCCCCAUUGUUGCCGACAAGAACUGCGAAAAGCUGCACUACAUCGCUCCCCAGAUUUGGUGUGCGGGUGCCGGCACCGCCGCCGAUACAGAGUUCACGACGGCAAUCAUCUCCUCCAACCUCGAGCUCCAUUCCCUUUCCACGGGACGCAAGCCCCGCGUCGUCACCUGUAUGACCAUGCUCAAGCAGCACCUCUUCCAGUAUCAGGGUCAUAUUGGCGCCUAUCUAGUCGUUGCCGGCGUCGACCCUACAGGCACCCACCUCUUCACCGUCCACGCCCACGGCUCCACCGACAAGCUCCCCUACGUCACUAUGGGAUCCGGCUCGCUGGCCGCUAUGUCCGUCUUCGAGACCAAGUGGAAGCCUUCGCUGACCCAGGACGAGGCCGUCGAGCUCGCCAGCCAGGCCAUUCAGGCCGGUAUCUUUAACGACCUCGGCUCCGGAAGCAAUGUUGAUGUCGCCAUCAUCACAAAGGACAAGACUACACUUAAACGCGGCUUUGUCAAGCCCAACGAGCGCAGCGCCAAGCUCAAGAGCUACGCCUUCCCUAAGGGCACCACCGCUGUGCUUAACGAGAAGAUCAUCAAGAAGAAUGAGAUUGGCCGCUAUGUUAGCGUAACAGAGGUGCCGGCCGGCGAGGAGAUGGAGGUUGAUACCUAA